CACAUAAGACAACAGCAACAACACACUUGGCUAACUACACGAAAUCGAAGUAAAAUUGAAUAGAUAAUCUAACAAUAACAAAAUUGUAUGUUAGUUUACUCGACUUUUUAACGAAACGAAAGACUGGUAGGGCAUACUCCUAGGUUCUACAUACAAAAAGAUCUAGUAAGGAGUCAGUAUGUUCAGUUUUUUCGGAAAUCGUAAUAAAGACUCUAACAAGAAGUCAUCGUCAGAGGGAGGUACAGAUGGGUUCGUGAUAAUAGGGAGUCCUAAAGUCAUUGCAGGAGAAACUGUGGAAGAACAGAGGCAGAAGAUCCAAAACGUGAACAUCAGCAAACCAUCAUGUAACGUCAUUGUGCAACCAUCAAAGUCCUCCAGUGCGACACCUACCCAGGCCCACCACUCUCCAGCCCCUGCUCCACCUCCCGUGAUCGCGCCAUCACCAGGGCAUAUGUGGAAGCCCCCGGCGCCCAUCGUGGAGGCCCCCCCGUCUCUCCCAGAGCUUCUAGGAGAUGUCCCAUUCACCCUGGCCCCCCAUGUUCUGGCCAAGCAGACAGGGGGUCCCGGGUUCCCCCUCUUCUCUGAGAUGCUGAUGUCCCCCCAAGACAUCAACCACAACCUGGCCUCCUUCAGCUACGACUUCACCCUGGAGAACUCUGUGCUCUGUGACCAUUGACCUGUAGAUAGUCUACUUACUGACUGUAUGACCGCUGAACUUGUGAUCUGUCAACCUCCCCUCCAAUACCAGCCCUAUGUCAACCCUGGGUCGUGUUCAUUAGGCAGCAAACAGAAGAAAACUUACUGAAACAGGGCGGGACUACCUGGGCUUGUCCAAUAAGAAAGGCCUGUUUUUGUUUUCCUUUGCAAAGUGUUUAGCUACGUGUGCCCUACUGAACACGACCUUGGACUGUCUUGGCUCGUUACCAUUCAGGUUUAGUUUCAGUUCUAUGGGGCUCUGUCUGAGAAUGGUAGUACUAUAAUUAAUGAUAAACCUGGUUAUGGUGAUGAUCAGAGUUAGAAAACAGGUGUGAGUCAGUUGGGGUCAAAACUGCACCUGCCGGCAGUGAUGUAGGUUACACACAGUAUGUAGCUAGAUGAGUACACAGAGUUCCACCAUUAAGAUUGUAGACUACUAGUUCAGUAAGGUGAGUCACUUGCUGAUGCAUAUGUCAUAGUAGUGCUGGUUCACUGUUUUAAGAACUUGCCAGUGUGUGUAUUUCAAGAGCGCUAGCUUCACGUCUGAUAGGCAUGCUUCAUCAUAGCUGUGGCUUUCGUUGAACAGAGUCUGGGUCUGUAGAUUCACCUGUUGUUUCUGUUAGUUUAGAAGUCACUGAUUGACCUUUGGGUUUGCACUAAUGUACGUACGAGACAGAUUUCAGAUAGUUUUCUAAUCUUAUAAAGGAAAUUACACAUCA